AAGGUUGAGAUCAUUGAAUAUCUUGACUUUGAUUUUGCAAAUGCCCGAAUAACAGUCGUUCACAUCUGGUUACGUCUUUCUAUUGGUUAGAGGAGCCGUCUCUUGUAAGUCUACCAAACAGAUUUUAGUGGCUCCUUAUACCAUGACAAUUGGGUUUAUGGCUUGUGUUGAGGCAUCUAAUCAUGCAACUUGGCAGUAGAACUUUGUCAUUGACCUACAUAUCAUUGGAAGCAUCCAAAGGUCCUUGAACAAUUUUGUGUGCAAUUUGACACUUGAACAAACCGAAGAUAACAAUAAUGAUUUUCGGCCCAAAAUCAACGAUACUCAUGCCUAAUGGUUUCUAGUGCAACUGGUUGGCCGACUCGAUUUUUAAAACACCGAUGUCAUAGUUUUUAUUUUUUAUUUUUUUAUAUAUUGAAUAUAUGUCAAAAUCACACUGAAAUGAGGAUAUCAUCAUGUAUACGUAAUUAGGAGGAGUUUUAAAUUUUUGUCCUCGUUUUAUUUUUUCCUUUUUGGGCAAAACAAAAUAUCCACCACUAAUUGAGAAUUUACUUUUUGAGUGCAAUACAUCAUACAUGCAUGGCAUGGGGACCAAUUAGAAAUAUAUUCUGAAUUUUUAUUUUUAUUUUCUUUAAAUUUUUAAUAUAUAAUUAUUCAUUCUGGUGUUAUUUUCUCUCUCUAUCUUUAUUCUCCCUAAACCCUCUGCCUGCAACCUCACCUGCGCUGGGACUACCGCUGCCGCACCGCCACCACUCGCCACCGGCUGCCGUCCUCCCCCCUCUCUCUUCUCGACGCGACAGCUUAAUAGAGAAGAAAGAAAGACAACAAUGGCGACAAAAGCUUUGUCCUUCACCCUAUCUCUCAACGACCUCUUCGGUUCCAAGUCUCCACAAACCGCUUCAAAAGUUUCUGUUUUCUCUGUCAAAUGUUCCGCCGGUAAUGGAGAAAGGCCUUGGAAGAAUUCAGAUGCUAGACUUGUGCUAGAAGAUGGUUCAAUUUGGAAAGCUAAAUCAUUUGGUGCUUCAGGAACCCAAGUUGGUGAAGUUGUUUUCAAUACAUCAUUGACUGGGUAUCAAGAAAUUUUAACCGAUCCUAGUUAUGCUGGACAGUUUGUUCUGAUGACAAAUCCGCAUAUUGGGAAUACUGGCAUUAAUUUUGAUGAUGAGGAAUCAGCACAGUGCUUCCUUUCUGGUCUAGUAAUUAGAAGUUUGAGUAUCAGCACCUCAAACUGGAGAUGUGAGAAAGAUCUAGGCGAUUACUUAGCAGAAAGGAAUGUCAUGGGAAUUUAUGAUGUUGAUACACGGGCAAUCACACGCAGAUUACGGGAAGAUGGCAGCCUUAUUGGUGUUUUGAGCACUGACAAUUCCAAAACAGACGAGGAAUUACUUCAGAUGUCUAAAUCAUGGGAUAUUGUUGGUAUUGAUCUAAUUAGUGGAGUAUCUUGCAAGUCUCCAUUUGAAUGGGUUGAUAGAACAAAGGAUGAAUGGGAGUUUAGUUCCAGUGAAGGGCCUAGAGACACUUUCCAUGUAGUUGCUUACGAUUUUGGAAUCAAGCAUAAUAUACUUAGGCGCCUAGCAUCUUAUGGCUGUAAAAUCACAGUCGUGCCAUCUACAUGGCCAGCAUCUGAAACUUUGAAGUUAAAUCCAGAUGGCGUGCUUUUCAGCAACGGCCCUGGAGAUCCAUCUGCUGUUCCUUAUGCCGUUGAAACGGUAAAGAAUAUUAUUGGAAAGGUUCCUGUUUUUGGAAUUUGUAUGGGACAUCAAUUGCUAGGCCAGGCUUUAGGAGGUACUACCUACAAGAUGAAGUUUGGUCACCAUGGAGGAAAUCAUCCUGUUCGUAACCUUCGAACCGGCCGUGUUGAAAUCAGUUCUCAGAACCACAACUAUGCGGUUGACCCUGCCACACUGCCCGAAGGAGUGGAGGUUACUCAUAUCAAUCUUAACGACAGCAGUUGUGCUGGUCUUGCUUUCCCUGCUCGGAAGAUCGUGUCUCUUCAAUACCACCCGGAAGCAUCCCCUGGACCUCAUGAUUCUGACAACGCUUUUAGGGAGUUUAUAGAGCUCAUGAAGCAUGAAAAAAAUACAACAUCGAACGAAAAUCUACACCAACUACAAUCGGUGUAAGUCAUUAAAGCAAGCUGCUAUCCCACCGGACUAGAAGAUUAAAGUAUGUGAUAAAAGCUCAAGUUCUUAGUAGUUUUGAUCUAUGGUUUGUAGAUGAAUAAGGACUUCCUUGGUGUUGAUCAAGAUUUUCUUGUGUCCAUUUUCUGUACGAGGGUUGGCAGCCGAUCGUCAUAGGCUCCUUCAUUGAAGGUUAAUGUACUCUAAUGUAGUACCAAUAACUGUGUUUUUAGCUAGCUAUUUUUUUGACCUGGUGGUUUAUUACUUCUACGACUCGGGAUGUGGAGAGUGAAACUUGUAAUUUAUUUAUAAUAGACCCUUUGCUUUAUUUGUUAUCAA